GUAAUGGGGUUUUUGUGAAAGAGUACAUUCCAAAGGGAUUGCAACUUUUGGAGUACAUGGGGAAGUUGAGAAGCUGCAGUCCUAGUGAUGGUGAGGAGGAUGAGACUUACAAGUAUUAUUUUCAUAACAACGGGAAAAAAAUGUAUAUUGAUGCAACUAACACCAAAGGUCUUGGCAGGAUGGUUAAUGACUCGGCUAAACCAAACUGUAAGGUAAAAAAGAUCAUGACUGACAAGCCACGGUUGUGGCUGUAUUCCAUAAAAGACAUACACCCAGGAGAGCAGCUUACCUUUGACUAUGGUGUAAAAGAUGCUCCAUGGAGAAAGCGAAAGACAGUGACUCUGCCCCCAAAGUAGAUGUAGGUCAUGAUGACAGUGAUGAUGGUGACGAUGAUUACGACCAAGAUGACAGAGAGGAUGACUUUGGAGUACGUAAGAAGAAACUAAAGAUGGCUUCUACAAGUACGUCAAAACCAACAGUAAAACCCAAACUGGCAGCAGCAAAAACAGAAGGAAUGGCAACAAAUACCAUUACUACAAAGCCAACAGACAGUGACUCUGCCCCCAAAGUAGAUGUAGGUCAUGAUGACAGUGAUGAUGGUGACGAUGAUUACGACCAAGAUGACAGAGAGGAUGACUUUGGAGUACGUAAGAAGAAACUAAAGAUGGCUUCUACAAGUACGUCGAAACCAACAGUAAAACCCAAACUGGCAGCAGCAAAAACAGAAGGAAUGGCAACAAAUACCAUUACUACAAAGCCAACAGAAGAUACUGAGAGCUUGGUAGCUUCCAGUACAGACCAAGAACAGAGCGACAGUGAACUGGACAAUGGUGAUUUUAAACAAAGCAUGGCCAUUCAAGAAGCCAAUGAUGAAAGGUGGUCUGAUGAAGAUAUAAGUCUUGAGGAUAGUGGUGAUGAAUAUAUACCCCCUGUGAGCAGUGACUUUACAUACAGUGAGGAAGACAUUGUGGAUGCUGAUGCCCAAUAUAAAGAACAGUUAGAUGAGUCAUAUAAUGCUGAAGAACAUGUGUCGGACAGCACAAGUGAUUCUGAUGUUAUUCCUAUAGAGCAGGAGUUAGUAAAUAAGUUGACAAAACCGAAUUUAACUAUAAUGCAAUCAAAAAAGAAAGAGGAUGGCACUCGAAUAUGGGACAAAAAACACUGUUGUCAAUACUGCAUGAAGUUGGUGGCAAAACUGCCCCGACACUUUGAGCAAAAACAUAAGCACGAGUUUGAGGUGGAACAAGUUCUGUCUCUUCCGAAAAAGUCCCCUGCCAGGAAAGAGAAGUUGCGAGAAUUAAUGAAUGCUGGAGACUUUUUACAUAAUAAGAAUGUGAUUGCUAAACAAACAGGAAACUUGAUCCCUUUCAAGAGACCAAAAGAAGAAGAUUCAAGUAGGGCUAGCGACUAUGUCACUUGUAGCCAGUGUUUGGGCUUGUUUUUAGGACGUGAUCUCUGGAGACAUGCCAAACGAUGUCCAAAGCAAAAUCGCACUGCAAGAAAACAGAAAAGGAUCAAUCACCAGGCAGCUGGUUUAGCAUUGAUGCAUUCUAAUGAUUUUAGUAAGAAUGAAUCGUUCAAAACAGACAUUGUAAACAAGUUUUCAUCUGAUGAAGUAUCAUUUGUUGCAAGACAUGAUGAGCUGAUAGUAAGGUUUGGAGAAAAGCUGUAUAGUAAACAUUCGCAGCAGCCACAUCAGCAUCAAUACGUAAGACAGAAAAUGAGAGAAGUGGCUCGUCUACUUAUGAAUGCAAGAAAAUCUGAUGGAAACAUUCACAACUUGAUGGACUGUGUUGAUCCUGUAAAGUUUCCAUCUAUUGUUGAGGCAGUAAAAGUAACAUGUGGUUUUGAUGGAAAUGGCAAAUACAAAGUUCCAUCACUGGCUCUUAAGAUUGGACACUCAUUGAGAAAAUGUGCCAAUAUUUUGAAAAACCAAAGUCUUGUUACAAGGAACUCAAAUUUGAAGGAGAAAGCCAAUAGUUUCUUAGAACUUUGUGAUGGUGAAUGGGCUGCUGAGGUUUCUAGUGCUGCGCUGCAGAAUUUACAUGCGGAAACCUUCAACAAACCAAAUAAAAUACCAAUGGCAGAAGAUUUGAAGAAGCUACAUGAUUAUCUUAAAGCACAAGCAGACACACUGCAAAAAUCACUGACAGAGUUUGCGGACAAAGACCACUGGAGAGAACUUGCCAAUGUGACGCUUGCACAGAUUGUUCUUUUCAAUAGAAGAAGGGGUGGUGAGGCAGAACGCUUGGAAGUUUCCCAGUAUUUGAAAGGAACCCAACAAUCAGUGAAGAUGCAGGCAGAAGUGGCCAGUUGCCUGUCGCCAUUUGAAAGGCAGCUUGCUGAAAAUAUGAAAAGAAUUGAAAUCAGAGGAAAACGUGGUCGACGUGUACCAGUCUUACUUACAGAUAAACUUCACCAGCAAAUGGAAAUUCUUAUGAAAACAAGAGAAGUAGUUGGAAUCAGCACUAGGAACAUUUAUGUAUUCGCAAGAUUCGGAGAUGCUGAAUUUCCGCUUAGAAGUUCUGAUGUGCUGAGAAAAUUUGCUUUGGAAUGUGGUGCAAAUAACCCAGAACUCAUCACUUCCACUUCUCUUCGGAAACAUGUGGCCACAAUUUCUCAGAUACUCAACCUCAAAGACAAUGAGUUGGAUCAAUUAGCCAACUUUCUUGGUCAUGAUGUGAGAAUCCAUAGGGAAUUCUACAGAUUACCAGAGGAUACUAUUCAACUUGCUAAAAUUAGCAAGCUUCUUGUUGAGUUAGAGAGUGGAAAAAUUCAAAACCAUGAGGGAAAAACUCUGGAUGAGAUUCAUCCAGAUGUUGAAGAUCUUCAAGUAGAAAUCCCGAGCGCCGAGUCCUCAGCUGAUGGAGAGACAGAUGGAGUUCCAUCGAGAAAAGAUCUUCAAGUAGAAAUCCCGAGCGCCGAGUCCUCAGCUGAUGGAGAGACAGAUGGAGUUCCAUCGAGAAAAGUCACUUGUAAGAAGAAAAGCACUAAAAGGACCAUGUGGUCGGAGGAGGAAAAAAAGGCUGUCCAUCAAUUCCUGGGAAAGUUCUUCGUGAGUGCCAAACUCCCGGGGAAGGCACUAUGCCUUGAAGCUAAGAGCAAAGCGGCAGUGCUGAGCCAUCGUCCAUGGCAACAAAUCAAAUUCUAUAUUAAAAACCAUAAAGUGGUGUGAGAUUCACAAUACAUUCAACAAUUGGACAACCCAGUUUGAUUGAACUUCGAUGACAUAAGACAAUACAUUUUAUUGUGUGUAACACAUUAUUCAACAAGAAUUUCAGUCAAAUAUGUCAUAUUAAACCAUAGGAAGUGUUAUGUACAAAGGUGAUUACUUUGGCUCCAUAUUUUAUUGAAUCAUCCCCUUUUAUGCUUUUUCAACUCAUUGUACUUAUUUCUAGAACUAUCAUACAUCAGUCAUUAGGUUUUGGUAACAAUGGAGCUUGAUUAAAAUCUUUCCUUAA